AGGAAGUACCAGUGAGGUCUCCUAGCAACUGGGAGGAGUCAGGGCCAUGGCACUCCUAACACCCCAGGGAGUGAAGGAAGUCUUCCAGUUUCAGAAACCUCAGGGGCGACAGCACCUUCGGAGGCUCCUGAACUGGGAGGAGUUUGAUGAGCUGAGGGAUGCCCGCCGGAGCAUACUGCUGGACACCCUCUAUGACAGUGUCAUCUUUGCUGUGGGCAAAGGCUUCCCAUGGGUCGAGGUGGUCCAGGUGGUCAAGUUCACAGAAGAGCUGCUCAGGGAAACCAAAGGCUGCUCCAUCACAGAGGCCGUGACAAUACUGGGGAAGAAGCUCCAAGAUUACCAGAAGCAGUUUAAUGUCACCCACCUGCUGGCCCUCUGUGACUAUUUCCACAACACUUUCAUCCGACACUAUAGACUCUACCAGUACGUCCUGAGCCAGGACCAGGAGGUCAACCUGACAGUUGCGCAUGUGCAGAUGUGCACACCACCCCAGCCCCUUCCACUGACCGAUGGCAAAGACAGGGAUGUGUGGAGACACGAGCAACAGGUAGCUGAACUGAGCGCGGCUGAGGCGGAGAAGCGCUCGGACGUGCUGGUGCUGAAGGAGACACUGCGCAUGGAGCAGGCACAGAUGCUGCAGAAGGCCUUUGGGGUUGAGGAAGCUCCAACCCAGCUGCAGCCCCGACCAACCCUGAGGAGGGAGGCUCUGGAGCGCCUGGUCAGCGAGGCCAUCCACAUCCAGAUCGCAUGCCUGCAGGAGCUUCUACAGUACGAGAUCCAGGCAGCCUUUGACAUCCUGGACCUGAGGCUGCAGAAGAAAACACUGAGUCUCAGUGCUCCUCAGCCCCCACUUCCCUGUAUCACCGCUGGCCCGGCGGCCUUAGAGGACUCUCCUAAGGCCAGUAAGGCCAAUAAAGGAAAGAAAGCCAAAGCAAAGAAGUAGGAGGCUGGUGACUACCACUCAAGAACAUGCAAGAAAAGCAGUAUGGAGCGUGCUCAACAUAGACCAGAGGCUCCUAGUGAUUAAAAGGAACAAAGUAACUCCCAGGCUCUCUGUCUUGGAAACCAAUGUGUGCUUGGAGAGG